AAAAAUAUUCUUAUAGAUUUGAGCUUACUUUCAACCUUGGUAUUGUUGCUAUUCAAUGAUUUGAAACCUGGAAGUUAUCUUUCGUACGAAGAAAUCAAACGUCGGACUGAAUUGGAAAUCACGGAACUGGAUCGUGCUUUACAAUCACUUAUAUUCGGGAAAAUCCCAUUAUUGUUAAAGGACUCACCACAUGAUGAUAUAGAGAACACUAAUAAAUUUUGGAUUAACGAGUCAUUGGAUGCCGUGAUUGGUAUCAUGACUGGUACUGACAAUAAUAUAAUUACGCUAGAAGAUCUUGAAGUGACCAAACGGGUACAAGACGCAUUGGAUGUCAAGAUAUCACAGCGGUUAGCCGAAGAUAGAGCAAUUCAACUAGAUUCUGCAAUUAUGAGAAUUAUUAAGCCUGAAAAGCAAAUUCCUAAGGGACUUUUAAUUCAGAGAAUAUUACAAAUUCCCAGGUUUGAAUGGGCAAAGGAAAAAGAUAUUCAGUUGCGAAUUAGCAAAUUAGAAAUUGACAAGUUUAUCGAACCGGAUAAAAGGAAUAGAAACAUUCUUUUAUAUAAGCCUUGA